UGGCAGCACUGGUGUAUUUGUUUGUCUGCUCGUUCAAUAAACGUAAAAACAGAAAACGCAGCUCUGUGAUCUCUGUAUACGUCACUCCACAAUGCUCCAACUGUCCCAAUACGCAGCAACUUGAUAAAGGCAGCAAGGUAAAAGCAUUUAUGUGUUUCAUUUAGAAAAUGGACGCAAUACUAGAGUGAACAGGAACGGCUCCCCAUCAUCAUGCCCAUAUCCCUGCAGGCCGCGGGUGGCACUGUCGCAGCUCCGACCUCGACUCCAACUCCAGCUCCGGCUCCGACUGCUGUGCCGGCUACUCUCUCCGUCAGUGCCUCCGGCACCCAGAUGCUGCGUCCCCAGACACUGGCUGGUCCCGAGCGUGAGCCCAUUGAGUUCAACAUCAACUUGGUCGGCGCUCCGCCUGAGGUGGAGCAGCUGGUGGAGCAGAUCAAGAGCGUGGCCGAGCAGUUCCUCUACCACUGGAAGAGCUUUCCCAUUGUGUUACCGCAGGCGUUGGCUAGCAGUGGGUUGAAUCUGACGGCCAGCAAUGCGACGAACAGCGUGAGCAGCCGCAAAACGCGUCCCAUCAAUCUGCGCGACCUAUUUAUAGCGCCUCCCUUCGACGAGCUGGACGCAGUGGCCUCCGACGGGAGCGGAGAACCACGCCGGCUAACGAGCGCCCAGCUGAAGACGCUGCGGGAAACUGGCUUGCAAAAGGAUAAAUAUGGAAAGCCGAAGAAAUUAACUUUGGAACAAUUGGAAACAAUACGUAAAAAUGGGGAGUUCGAUGUGCCCAGUCUGCACUUUCCGGGCCAGGUGCACAAGUGGCGCCUCUCCCAGCUGCUCCAGAAGGGAAAGCUUCGAACUCAGGACUCCUUCUUGAGCGAUUUGGCCUUGGCUGCUCGCUUCGUCGUGGUCACCGCCCGAGCACGGAUCUUCUCGCACUUCUUCUCCGUGGUGCAUGCGGUGCAUGGUCUUCUAAUGGCGUUUACCAAGCUGGCGGACAUGUUUAUCGGAGUGCCGGCUUUAUUGGCCCAUAACCUGGACUACAAGAUCAAGGAGGAGCGAUGUCGGUUCCUCAUAGCCGAGUUGGUCUGUCGGCCCGAGUUCGAGGACUGCCUGGAUGGUCUGUGCUCCUAUGUCCGGAAAAUGCUGCGUCGCGCUACCAUGGAAAAGUUUGACUUCAACAGCUGCGAGGUCAGCCAGCCCGUGCCGUAUCUCUUCUUAACGCCCAAGGGACAGGAGAUCGACUUGCGUCUCUUCUGUCGCGACAUCAUGCGAAAGGCCCUGCCUGUUCUCAUUGGAAUUUUGGAGCGAGAGACGCGGGGCUGGUUCUUGCACUUCCGCGAACGACUGAUCGCUGAACUGCGGGCCAAGAAGCUGAACGACAAGGAGAUCGAGGAGGAGGUGAACGAGGCGGUGAUGAAGGAGUAUUUACAGCGGGUCUACAGCUCCAUCGUAUCCAAUGCCAAGCUGGCGGAGCUGGGCUCCGGAGUGCCCGAACUGCUUGUGCAGCAGGCCCAAUCUGUGGUGAUUAUGUACAAGGCGGUGGACAAAGUGCAGCAGGACAUUAAGCGCACCCGCGAGGACCAUCAGAAGUGUUUGGCCAAUGAUCAUUCAGUGCUGUCACGCGUGGCUCCCUGGUUGCGCUCGAAGCUGCGCCACGCCGAGGAGAACCGACUGCACAAGAGCGCCUGGUCGGCCCACGAGGAGGCCCUAAAGAUGUGCACCCAGCACAAUUUGCAUCAGACCGCCUACUUUUUGUCCCGCGACCUUGCCUUCAUGAAGGAGCGCGAGCCAGUGCUGCUAAAGGAGCUUAAGAACGCUAAGACACCCACGCGCAGUUUCCAGUGGGCGUGUCGCAUUUGGUCACCGCAAUCGUGGAUCAUACGGCGCAACUUCCAGGGCCAGUCAGACGUGAUACCCACUGUGAUCAGCCAGCAUGCUACCAGCAUUGUCACCCCGCGCUCGGAUCCCAGCCAGCCGGUGUUUCUGGUCGAGAAGGAGAUCAUUCGCACCACCAGCACCCGCUGGCCCUUCUGGCGCCUGCUGAACAUGAUCCAGCGCAUCUGGUGCUGGUCCUGGAACAUGAUGUUUCUGCUGGGAAUUCUCGUGCCGUGGUGCAGCCCGCUGGGUCUGCGGGCUCUCUGCUGUGUGAAGCCGUUCAUGCCCGAUCUAGAGCUGUCGCAAAUCAAUGGCACUCUGUUCCCACGGAAAACCAGCAUCACACAGACGAUGGCAUCGCGACUCAUCGAGCUGUGGCGGCACAUAUCAAAGUCGCGCACUCACUUUGAAACGGAACCGGACACAGGCUUUAUCGGCAAGGGCUUGACACGCAACCUUAAUCGCACUUGGAAUUAUUUCGUUAAGGGAUUCCUCGGAACGGUUGUCAUACUUUUCGCUUUUCCGUUGAUCUGCCUAGCCGCCAGCUUGCUGAGCAUCGCACUGGCAGUGACGGCUCCCCUGUGGAUUCCCGUGUUCGUUCUCCUGCUGCACAUCUACAUGAUUCUGAUAUAUGACUUGGAUGCGCCGGACAACACGAACAAUCGCUACUGCAUACUGCUGGAGGCCAUAGUUUGGAAUUUUCUCAUACAGGGUCUACUGCAGCCGCUGGCAGCGGUUCUAGUAGCUACAGUGAUCUGUCCCCUGGCAGCCGGAGUCGUAUUUAUAGUCGGCGUCGUUAGAUAUUCCCUUCGCAUAGUCUGGGACUCCCUCACGUACCAUUUGUUUAUCAAAAAGUGCGGACGGGUGCCGGCUUCGGAUAGUAUUGCGGUUAAGCGAAUUGCCGGACCCGGACUGGCCCUGGACUACUACUUUAUUAUCCGGCCAGAGCAGGCUUUGGCCGCACUAGAGGCUAAAAUGGAACUUGACGAGCUGCAAGCCUACCAGCAUGCCACGGAACGGGUGGUCCUGCAGCCCCAACAGGAUUUCCUGCAGUUCGUCGAGGCCUGCUUUGGUCCCUUUUCCGCCCAAAUCAGCAAGGCAGGUCCAUACUUAUCGCUGGACCGCGAGGCGCAGGAUCUGAUGAGCACGUUGCACGAAAAGCUGGAAAAGCGACGACGAGAACUGCAGACGGCGUUGACCACCCAGAUCAAGUCGCGUAUCAAGUUGAAUACCAAAGAAUUGAAGAUUGCUAUACAACUGGCCGCCCAUAUUUUAGAGAAAUAUUAUCCGUCUCAUGUAAUCGGCCGACUGUCGAUUAGCGAAGAAGAAUUCUGGGAUAACAAGGGUCUCACGGUGAACGACUGGCCGGGACUGGCUGGCCUUAUAUACACCGACAUAUUUAGUUUAGAUUUUCUAACGCCAUUGACUGAACACGAUACCCAUUUUAAGCUAGAACCACAUGCCUCGCUCGAUCUGAUGCGUUACACGGAGAUGGUGAAGAAUGCUACCGAUGUGAUUGGCUCCAAGGGGCUGGACCUACUGGGCAAUGUUUAUGCGCCGCGAGGCAACGUCCAGGUGCAUUUACCCUUCCUCGAGGUGACAGCCUUCAAUCCACGCUCCCGCAUAACGCUCACUUUCCGCAAGCCCGAGAAGCGGGACAUGUCUGUGGGACUGACAACACCCCGAGUGCGUGCCCAUCGGGCCCAGCAUGUGCCGAAGUCGCCGCAGGAGGUCCAGAAGCCCUGGCGUCCGUGGAAGCAGCAGUGCGGGGAGAAGAGCGUGACGGAAAACCUACUCAUCCCACUGCCGGUACCGCAUCCCGUUCACAUUGCCAUUGCCAUCUACAAUCGCGACACGGAGCAGCCGAUACCCCUGGAUUCUGAGCUGGUGUGGGAAAUCCUCAAGUCGAUCGAGGACUGUCAAGGCGGCGAUGCUAUGGCUGUCCAGGCUGUGUCGCGAUAUCGCGGAGCGGUUAUGGAGUCCAGCAACGAUUCGCUGGCCAGCAGCAGCAGCAUUGGCAGUACCCGGGACUCGGGCUCUGGUUCUGUUUCAGGCUCUGCCUUGGGCAAUGGCACUGAGACCUUGCCCUGUGGCAAUCGUGAGGUGUGCACGCAGGUGAAGGUAGAUGCUGAACCGGCUGCCAGCACUUCUGGUUUCCAUUGGACUCUCAGCAAUUGGGGAGCAGCGCAAACAGCACGUCGUCGUACCAACUCAAAUGUGCGCGUGGAUCUUGCCAGUCCGGAGGAUAUAUCCCUGGAUACUGAUAGCUCGCGUGCCGUUUUUAACAACGCCUACGGCACAACUGUCUAGAAGGAUCGCACUCAGUGGUUUGGGCACACACAUAAGUAUGUAUUAACCAACACACACAUCCCCGUAGAUUUAAGCGUGGUUGCUUGCUUUUUAAAAAGGGAGAGCAAGGUCCCCCUCGAAUAUGGUUUUAGGUAGACGCCAAGCUUAUUUCUGCUCGAAUCGAAACACUAUUUAGAAAGUUAAUUUAUCGUUUCUUACCUUACGAGGGAACAAUCCUGGAUCAUUGAUUAUUUUAUGCCACACCCCUCUCUCCCUAAGCAGCCGCGCUAGUUAAGGAGAGUACUAUGAACAAAUUUAUCCAUCUAACUAUAUAUUUACAUACGCGUAUAUGAUAUACAUAUGUAUAUGAUUCGAUUGCCAAAUCGAAAUGCAACAAACUUCAAUCUAGUCGCAAGCAAAUUUUAUGCAGCAAUCUACAGAACUCGACUUCUUAUUCGGCCAAUAAGAAAACUAAACACUAAACGGAGCAGCUCCAUGACAGCAGUUUCCAUUUAAAGUACACUUGAAUUGCAUUAACAACAAAGCCAUGAGAUUUUUCUUUGUACCUUUAACCAAUACAAGACCACAUUUAUGUUUAGCAAUUUUGUAUUAUAAAAAAUACACGAAUUGUACUACGAGCAGCUUAACCAGAUAUAUUGUUAAUUAAUGACUAAUUUAUUUAUACGUAUACACACGAUCACUCAGAAGAAUACUAAUGUUUUAACUACUCCAGUACUUUUUCUUCCAAAACUACUAAACGCAAAUAUUAAUUGUAGUUAAGAGAACAAUUAAAUAACAGCAUUAAACGAGGGCAUACGCCAGAGUAAUUUUACAAAGAUAAAUAGGACAAAAGGAUAAAACAUUUUUACAUUUAUAUAUACAAAAAUAUUUAGAUCAUAUAACCGCAAAUGAAAAACCUGUUGACAUUUCCAAAGCAGCUUUUUAGUCCCCGAUACCAAUUCGACGAUGGGAUGACAUCGAUAUUUGACGCGAGAAGCGAUAUAUAAAGCGAUCUUUAAGCUAUGAAAUAUAUGUUCGAUAUAGGAGCAAUAUAAUCAGAAUAUAGAACAGGAUAAAAUCGAUAAUAUCCAAGUUUUAAAGUUAUAUGAAAUAUUUUUCGUUUUAUCAAAAUUCACGGUAUUUUAGAUAUGAAUUAUAUUUCUUGAUAUAUCAUAUCGGACUUUUCCUAUCGAUAUACAUCCCUUAUUCGACCAGUUCCAUGCCCUGUGCACCUCCAAUGCCCUCCAAGUAUUUAUCGUGCGAAAUUCCCUUGAAACAAUACAUUUUCAACUGCCACAAAUGCAAGUAUUAUCCGCACCGCGCACUAUGCCCAUUAAUAAGUUAAUUUUGAUAUCGCUUCGGCAGCUUCCAGUGUUACGUUUAAGCCUCUAACCGAUCUAUUUAUUAUUUGUGUCGAAUGUCGAAUAAUGAUAACUCCAGCAAUGGAAUGAAUCUUUACAUACAAAUAUACAAAAACAUUUACAUAAAUCUAUGUAUGUAGUUAUACAAAUUAAACAGAGGGAAAGCAAAUCCUUACCAACGGUAAAUCUCAUGAAAAUGCAUUGAACAAUUUUAUGUAAAAUGUUUUCUUAAUAUUAAACAAAAACAAACAAGAUGUAACAAUAAAUUACGAAUGAAUGAUUAUGAGUGCUCGCAGCUUUUCAAGUGGCGUGCAGUUGAGACUGUCACUCACACUGCUUUUAAAGUUGCCUGCACAAAAUUGUAGUUUAAAAUGUAAUAAUAAAAAU